AGAAAUGUGAUGAUUGUUAUGAAUUUGAAGAUGUAGCCUGUUGCGCAGGAGUUAGCCCCCCUAACAUGUGACCAUAAUGCCAUGUGACAGGGGGUUCUAGAUAGAGAGCUAUGGGGUUAGAUAGAAGAAUGUGAGGAGGGAUGGGUAAAGUGUGUGUGCUAGAGAGGGGAGAGACGGGGAGUAAGAGAGAGAGAGAAAGCACUCAGCGGACCAGAGACUUGAACAUCACAAGACUGCACACAAUGAAGUAAACAAACAGCUUUGGGAUGAAUGGUACCAUGAACCAGACAGAGGGACAGUACCGAGAUGGCUAUGAGACAGCUUGGAAUGGCGGCAACACCUACAACAUCACGCCUCAUAAUGUCACCACUGGCUUCCAGUCCCCCUUCUCCCCGGUUAUGGACAUGGCCAUCAGUGGCAUCACCAUCAUCAGCCUCUUCAUCACCAUGGUGUCCCUGGGCUGCACCAUGGAGAUCUCCAAGAUCAAGGCCCAUAUCCUGAAGCCCAAAGGGGUGGCCAUCGCAGUGGUGGCCCAGUUUGGUAUCAUGCCUCUCACUGCCUUCAGCCUGGCCAAAAUCUUCCAGCUGGGCGCCAUCGAGGCUGUGACCGUGCUAAUCUGUGGCUGCUGUCCGGGGGGAAACCUCUCCAACAUCUUCGCCCUGGCCCUGAAGGGUGACAUGAACCUAAGCAUUGUAAUGACCACAUGUUCUACUGUUUUGGCCCUGGGUAUGAUGCCUCUGCUGCUCUUCCUAUAUUGCCAUGGCUUCAAUAAUUUGGAAAACGCUGUGCCUUACACUGGCAUCACCGUAGCUCUCAUCAUGACCCUAGUGCCCUGUGCCAUUGGCAUAGCCAUCAACCACCGGGUACCACAGUACUCUCAGAUCAUCAUCAAGGUUGGUCUAAGCAUCUUACUAAUUGCCACUGUGGCCAUUGGUGUCAUGUCAGGCAUCUCCAUUGGGGGAACAGUGCGGGUGCUUCUCACACCCCAACUCAUGGCCGUGGCUGCACUGAUGCCAUUGACAGGCUACCUGCUGGGAUACCUCAUGUCCACCAUCUUCAAAGUCAAUCAUCAAUGCAGAAGGACUAUUUCUAUGGAGACAGGCUGUCAAAACAUCCAGCUGUGUUCCACCAUCUUGAAAGUGGCCUUUCCCCCGGAGGUUAUUGGCCCCCUGUAUCUGUUCCCGCUAAUCUACAUCCUAUUCCAGGGAGGCGAGGCACUGCUUUUCAUCAUCCUCUUCAGAUGUUACCAAAGCUUCUAGCCACCAGCUGAGGCAAAGCCUGUAUACAUGACAGUGGCCGGUAAAAUGGAGGAAGUAAAGGUUCUAUAGGUCCCAUAUGGGAGAGGCCCAUAGAGAUGGAGCGGCCACGGGAGGACAGCGGACCAAACUGAACAGGCCCAGGACAGGAGUCAAGACCACAGCAUUGGAAUGGAGGGGGACACCUCAGACAAUCAGGAUGUGUUGAGAACAGAAGAUGGUAGUCUAAUAUGGUCAUCGCUUAGUCACUUCAAUGACAUCAAAUGUAUGGGUUUUUAGGGCAACAUAACUGGCUGGCGAUGUGCAGCAUAAUUUUACCAAUGCAACUGUAUACUGUAGUUGGAAUGCAGUGUCUAAGCCACUAGAUACUAACUGGAGGAAAGAAGGAGUAACUGUAUUUAUAUUGACAAGCUUUUAUUUCUAGAGAAGAUAAUGAAUUUAAAUACUUUAUCUACUGCCAAUAUUUAGCAUUUUGACAAUAAAUUAUGCCCAGGUAUUUUAUACUUAGAGUAAAUAUAAAAAAUGUAUAAUGUAGAUUAAGGUUUUAACCAAAUACACAAUGACAAUGGGGUCAUUUCUGUAGAGGACAAAAGCAGCAUAAAGUUGUACAGGGUCUCCAUCUUUGUUGCAGUUUUAUGAAAACAAAAAUUGUGAUGUUUAAUUACAAAAAAGCCUCUAAAAUGUCAAAAUGUAUUUUCAAGAAGUGGGUUCUUUAUAAAUAAAGUGCAUUACAAUGCCA